AUGCCACCCGUCCCGCCGGAACGUCAUACAGGCGGAGGCGCUACGUCUCCCACGGAUGCAGAGACCAACGCGCCAUGCAAUCUGUGCAUUGGAAUCAGUGUAUACACCAAAGCCAUGUGGAAAGCGCGUCAAAGUCCGGAAUGCAAAGGACUUCAAGUGGAAUUUUCCACCAGUCGAGAGCGUCUGCAAGAAAUGAGAGAACGAGCUGCACCUCCUCGGAAAGACAAUUUUACUUUCAUGGGCGUUGGGCUGUCAGUAUAUUCCCCCGAGUGGAUGGAGGAGGGCAAGCACUUGCCAUAUGUCAAGGGCCUUGGAGUCAUUGCCAUUCACGUGGACAAAGACGAGCUCAUGAAACGAGUGGAGGAGCGAAAACGCAUUAAGCGCGAGCUGCAAAAAAACGCUGGCAAGCGACGAGGAGAUCUCCAGGAUGGACACGAUUCGGAGGAUGACGACGAUGUGCUGGUUGAAGACGAUGACGACGACUUGUUCGGCUUUGGAGAUACUGAAGUCACGGAUGACGGUCAUGCGCUCGUGGAGAGCGAAGUGGUGCGUGGGUUGAAGACGCCACGCGGACCGGCUGUUGUACCUGCUUCAAUCACGAUGUCAGAGAUUCGAGAUCGAGCGGUGGAGAAGGCCAAGUACUCUGUUAGUGCUGUAUACAAGUUCUGGGAGCGUCGAUUGGAUGGGUUCAGCGACCGGUAUGUGGACUCAUGUCGACGACUGACUGAGCAAAUGGAAAAACAAGCAAAGAUCACGCCGCAUAAUGUGAUGUGGCUGGUGCAUCGUAUUGAGGAGUACGUGGUUGGGAAAGAUGAUCAGUAG